GUGACUUUGUCGGGCUGCUCGCUAUGGUCCACGACGAUGAAAGGCGUCGAGUACUCAGAGCUCGUUAACUGGGAUGGUCCUCUACCAUCCAGUUCUUAUCAUCCUCAGUUACCCAAAGACGCACCUUCGACAUCAUUCUUUAACUCUACGAUGAGCAGCUUGAUUCCUACCCCUGCAUCAUAUUCUUCUAGUACACCGUCACAAGACGCUAAUGAUUCUGAAGAAGAUUCGGACUGCUAUAUAAUCGAUGCGCCAUCUUCAGCAGACGGUUUAUUUGACGAAAACUAUGGUUCUACGCGUACUUCAAUAAAGCAUUCAUCAUCGAUUGAAUUCGAAAGACUUUCAGUCUCCCACAUGCCUAAACUCUUUCCGCCAUCUAAUCUCGACACGCUAUUUCCAUUCCAGCAUACUCGCGACGCCUCGGCUGCCGAUGAACUUUUGACACAACCAGAAUCAUAUCAUUCUUCCUCACAGCAUAGCACCCGGAGCGUGCCAAGUUCAUUCUAUGCCGCGGAGUCCGGCUUAUUCGACAUGUCUAUACCCCCUCUCUUAACUCAUAACGACGUGAUUGAGUUGACUGACGACGAAGACGAUCCCGGACAUGAUGGUAUCAAGAGUGUUAGCGAUCCUAACAAUGAAGACGAGGAGAUGGCUGUUGAUGAUAUGCUUACUGAACCUUUUUCCGUGCGCGAUUCGUCUCCAGAUGGUGCCCGUUCUUCAAGAUCGUCCUCACCCGAAAUAGGCGACUCUCUAUUUACACCCCCUCCAUCUUCCCGUAAGCCUCGCAGACGCGUCGUCCUCGACUGUGUAUCUGUGCCACCCCUUCCCAAAGGCAUCGCCAAAGCCGAUUACAAGGCAUCGAACGCGUCCAGCAGCGUGCCUCAGCAGGGUGUAGAGCACCCGUCAGUUAGCCACGCCCUGACCGCUGCAUUCGCUCAAAAUGACCGGUCGCCAUCACCCUCUCUCAGUCUUAUGCAAAGGGGGCAUGACCGUGAACGCCCGCCCCCAGCUCCUGCACGUCAUAAAAGGAAGCACAAGCCUCGUUCCCGGAAGUUCGGAGAAGACGUUUCUACGGUACCAACCCAGAUCCUGGACGCCCAUUAUCCUGCUCUCGAGCUUGACAUCCACGAGCUGCCAAAUUUUCUACCACAUCACGACAUUGUCCUGCAGUCGAAUGCCUAUUACAUCCACGUCAAACGCAUUAAGCGCCUUUACGCACAACUGCACAAAGGUUUGCCGGAGAUGAUUGCGGAGAUGAAAAGUCUUGCAGUACCAGACGAUGAGAAAGAUGAGAAAGAAGACGGACCCGUCUUUCCUCGCAUUCUCGCACCACUGUUUGAGGAGAGGCCGGAUAUCGAAGCGGCUCUCACACCAUACUUUGGACGCGCGCCUCCCAAAGGUUCCUCUCGCAAAGGUAACAUUAAGAGUAAUUUAGAGCCACAAAACGUUCCGUCUUCAUCCAAGCUUAAAUUGG